GGGCUCUGGGGAGGGGGCUGGCUGGGCGUGGCCAGGACAGCUCCAGCCCGUGGCGGCCCCGCCCCCUCCCAAGGGGCCACCCAGUCCCUUCCCCAGAGCUGCUCUUCCUAUGGCCUCUGACCCCCUCCUCCUUCCUACUCAGCCUUGCCAGGCGCUCCCGGGGCCCAGGGAGUCCCUUUCCCAAACCCUCGGGGAGAAGGGGCCUGGGAGGGGGCAAAGAGGAGGGCAGGAGAGGGGAAACAGAAACAUCAGCCGGGAGCCGCUCAGAGGCCGGCAGACAGAGACCCGCAGGGAGUGAAAGACAGGACAGAGCCAGAGAGAGAGAGACAGAGAGACAAAGGCAGGCAGAGAGCGAGCAAGGGAGCGAGGGAGCUAGAGAGUGGGUAGCGACCAACUCAGAAUUGGAGACACUGGGAGAGAGGCAGGGAAAUACACAGACUAGGACCGGGAGGAAGGCAGGCUGCAAGAGAGGCCGAGGCUGAGGGCCAGGGCCAGGGCCAGGGCGGGGAGGGCAGGCGGACUGCACGGGCGCCUGGCGCAGGAGAUGUAGUGGCCGGGGCUGGGUGGGACAGGGGAGCGGGCGCCUCGGCAGGGGGAGGGCCAUGGGAGGGGCGGCCCUUCUGCUGCUGCUGCUGGCUGGGGCAGGGGCGGGGGGGCCCUGGAGAGCCCCGAAGGGCAAGUGUCCUCCAAGCUGCUCCUGCUCCAAGGACAGUGCCCUGUGCGAGGGCUCCCCGGAGCUGCCUAGGACCUUCUCUCCCACGCUGCUGUCACUGUCGCUCGUCAGGACCAGACUCCCCCAGCUGAAGGCCGGCAGCUUUCUGAAGGUGCCGUCUCUGCACCUGCUCCUCUUCACCUCCAACUCUUUCUCCGUGAUUGAGGAUGACGCAUUUGCGGGCCUGUCCCACCUGCAGUAUCUCUUCAUCGAGGACAAUGAGAUCGGUUCCAUCUCUAAGAACGCCCUCCGAGGACUCCGCUCCCUCACACACCUAAGCCUGGCCAAUAACCACCUAGCGGCCCUCCCCAGAUUCCUGUUCCGAGGCCUGGAGACCUUGACUCACGUGGACCUCCGUGGGAACCCGUUCCAGUGUGACUGCCGCAUCCUCUGGCUCCUGCAGUGGCUGCCCACCGUGAAUGCCAGCGUGGGGACCGGGGCCUGCGCGGGUCCCACUGCCCUGGCCCACAUGCAGCUCCGCCACCUCGACCCCAAGACGUUCAAGUGCAGAGCCAUAGAGCUGUCCUGGUUCCAGACGGUGCGGGAAUCGGCGCUGGGUGUGGAGCCCUUCUCCUACCAGGGCGAGCCCCGCAUCAUCCUGGCACAGCCCUUUGCCGGCCGCUGCCUGAUUCUCGCCUGGGACUACAGCCUGCAGCGCUUCCGGGCCGAGGAGGAGCUGGCAGCACCCUCGGUGGUAUCCUGCAAGCCCCUGGUGCUGGGCGCCCGCCUCUUCGUGCUGGCCGCCCGCCUGUGGGGAGGCUCGCAGCUGUGGGAGCGGCCCAGCCCCGACCUGCGCCUGGCCCUGACCCAGGCACUGGCCCCGCGGAGGCUGCUGCGGCCCAACGACGCUGAGCUCCUGUGGCUGGACGGACAGCCCUGCUUCGUGGUGGCCGACGCCUCCAAGGCAGGCAGCACCACGCUGCUGUGUCGGGAUGGGCCCGGCUUUUACCCGCGCCAGAGCCUGCACGCGUGGCACCGGGACACGGAUGCUGAGGCCCUGGAGCUGGAUGGCCGGCCCCACCUGCUGCUGGCCUCGGCCUCACAGCGGCCAGUGCUCUUCCAAUGGUCCGGUGGCCGCUUCGAGAGGCGCACGGACAUCCCAGAGGCCGAAGACGUCUACGCCACGCGCCACUUCCAGGCUGGGGGGGAUGUGUUCCUGUGCCUGACGCGCUACAUCGGGGACUCCAUGGUCAUGCGGUGGGACGGCUCCAUGUUCCGCCUGCUGCAACAGCUGCCCUCCCGCGGGGCUCACGUCUUCCAGCCCUUGUUCAUCGCCGGGGACCAGCUGGCCAUCCUGGGCAGCGACUUCGCCUUCAGCCAGGUCUUCCGCCUUGAGCCGGACAAGGGGCUCCUGGAGCCGCUGCAGGAGCUGGGGCCCCCUGCCUUGGUGGCCCCCAGGGCCUUUGCCCAGGUCAUCCUGUCCGGCAGACGCUUCCUCUUCGCUGCUUGUUUCAAGGGCCCCACACAGAUCUACCAGCACCACGAGAUAGAUCUCAGUGCCUGAGGCCCGAGGGCCCCUGGACGCGACUGGGGCGCCGGCGUGGGGACGCUCGGGGUUUCUGGAAGCCACGGGCAGCGCUCAUCAACCACGGGCCCACCUAGCGGAGGCUGUGGGCGCGCUGGGAGAAAUGCAAAGCCCGAGCCUCGGAAGCAACGCCAUGUGCUGGCGCCGGUCCCCGCCACGGGUGUCUUGGGGGCCCGGGCUGCGGCACCGCAGUCAAGGCUGGCGGGGAAUGUGCAGAGCUCCACGCAGCCCGGAAUCCGGGCACCCCUCCCACCCGCACCGCUCCGGCUCCCCAGGCCGGCGCUAAAGAGCGGACUGCGCAACACAGUCCGGCCAAUCGCUUUCAGGGAGGAGUGCCCGCCUUCGUGACGUCACAGUUGCUGGGCGGUUUUCCCUGCCGGGUUCGCUCACUCCCUCUGCCGCUUCUGCGCAUGUCUGCUGCCGCCUGCAGAGGCUCGGCGUGGCUUCCCUUUUGCGCGUGCGCAUCCGGGGGUCGGUGAAGAUGGGCUAGGGGAGGUAUGGGGGAAGCCGCGGGUACCUUGGCUCGGUGGGCGACCCGGGCAAGGACAGAAAGUGUAUGACUCAAUAAAUGCGCCGCGCACCUGCCCCGCCCGUGGUUGUGGGGUCGCCGGGCCGGGAGGGGAGGAGGACCCGGGAGAGGCAGAAGGCGCUCCUGGUGAGCCCCCCGGGGUCGGCGGGGGCGUCGGGGGCUGCACGAGCUACGCGAGGGCGCGGCUAGGGGUGGAGCCGCGCAGAGCGUUGUGGGUUUCUUUCGGGGACCGUGUCCCAAGGCUGCGCGGGAGAUAUUUUUAGGUGUUUGGGAAGGAUUUUCGGCGUUUUAUUGGAUGGCCCAUGGGAACAUGUUGGCGGCCUUAUUGGGCACGGAGCGUCUGGGGGUGGGAAGCGUGAGGCUCAGUGGCGGCUCAUGCGCCAUGCGGCCGCCGUGUGUUUCCGGGGAUAUCAGGGAGUGCUGUGAGGGUGUUUGGAAGGGUUUCAUAGCAUGGUGCAGUCUCAGGGGUGAGUGACGGGCGGCGCCAGGGGCUGCUCUCUGUGUACCCCCAUCACAGGAGGGUGACGUCCCCCGGAUGGCCGCGUGUCUGUCCACCUGUGUGUCCUGCGUUCCGUGUGCCAGGCCCUCAUUCGCUUGCACAGGUGUUCCCCACUUGGCUACUGGAAAAUCUUAAGUGGCAUACAAAGCUCCCACGGCCGGGAGACAGAGGGCGGACCCCAGCCCUGCGCCAAGCCACAGGGAGCAGGCCUGCUGGCUGUCCCCAGGGAAGCCAUCCAGUGCUGCCCAGCCUCUCCCGAGCCCCCUCCAAAAGCCGACCGCGGUGCACACAGAGGCUGCUCGGGCACGAGGCACGGUUGUUUUAGGUUAGAAAUGGAAGGAGGAGACCCCUGUCUUGAGAGGUGAGAUGCAGCCCCUGCGGAGGGGGUGUUGUCUUUGUCCUGGGCAGCGCCAGCCCCGGGGGCAGAGACAGGCCCUCUGCAGCGAUCCAUCCUCAGCAGUCACGGGCAGAGCCUGGGAGAGUGAGGGGGUCCGUGGGUGAGGCUGCCUCAGAUUCCUUCUCCUAGAGUCAGACAUGCAGGUGCACACCCCUACCCCCACCCCGCCCCCAACUCCCCUGCUGCCUGGUGCCAUCCCUGUCUUACCUGGGGCGAUGAGAGGCGGGGCAUCCCCUGGACGAUGACUGGGGAAAUAAAAACAGUGACAUCAGGAUCCGCCCCGGGGCCGGAGGAGUCAGCCUGCCCAGACCUGGCUGUUCCUGUGCGGGGCUGUCUGGUGCCAGGGGCUACGGGUGUCAGGCUAGGGGGCCCUCUGGGGGUGAUCAGCCGUGAAUAAUCUGCCUGAGAAAUCUUAGGGGCAGGAGUUGUCCAGGGCAGGCCUAGCUGCCUGUUCGUUCUGCGGAUUUGGUUCUUGCACCCUGAAAAGCCUUGUGUCCAGCGUGAGACGGGCCGGCCGGGACCAUCUUACCUGGGCUUCUGUCUGAAUUUGCAUUUGCAUUUUCCACCUGUGUUUGCGGGAAGGACAGCUGAGUGGUCUGCGAAGGGGACCCGCAGCCCCGCCCCAUCCAAAGCCCCGCCCACACGCGGCCCCGCCCACCUGUGGCCCCGCCCACACGUGGCCCCGCCCUCCGGUGGCCCUUCCCCACACGCAGCCCCGCCCCUCCUGUGACCCCGUCUCACCCACCUGCCGCCCCGCCCCACCUGCCGCCCCGCCCCGCCUGCGCCCGCCAGCCCCAGCACGCACUCAUGAGGACAAUGAUGCCGAUGGCACAGAGGAUUCCGGCACAGAUGAGCCCGCCGACCCGGAGACGGUGCCAGUCUAGGAGAAAAGGCGCAGGGACGGUGGGGGCCAGCCCGGGGCCUCCGCACACCCUCCGGCUACCUGACAGCUGUGUAUCGGGCGCUGUGGGCGCGUGCAUGCUGGCUGACACUCAGGGUCAGGUGGAGAUUAGGGAGCUGACGAGAAAGAGCGUGGGUAGGGGUGAGAGAGAGCGGUGGGGGAGGCUCCUCCGCGACUGACAGAGACCGCAGAGGUGAGGCAGGGGAGCCAUGUGGAUGUGUGGAAGAAAGUGUUCCAGGCUCGGAGAUCAGCAGGUGCAAAGGUCCUGAGGCUGGCAGUGCCUCCUCUGCAUCGGAGGGACAGAGGGAGACGUGUGCGGCUGGAGCAGAAGGAACCAAGUGGGGGCUGGAGGUGAGGGCAGAGAGGGGAGCAGGGAACAGACCCACGGACCCCCGGGGGGCAGAGGGAGCAGGCCAGCCUCUUCCCAGCUGUUGAUUAGAUCCAAACAAGCUCACUUCCUGCCUGCGGCUGACUUGUUGGAAUGGAAUCUUCCGGAACACCAGCUUGCCAGCUCUUGUUCUGUUAAUCCACUAGGUUUAUUGCUCAACGCCUAAUCCCAGCCCCUUCCUGGCCUGGCCCCUGCAUCCCCCACGUCAGACCUUCAGCCAGCACAGGGGGUCGGGGUGGGGGGCCUUGGCACAAAGCAGCAAGUGGAGGCUGCGAGGCUCACUCACCGUAGUAGAAAGGACUGUUUUUGUCUGCAGGGAAAGAAAACAGGACAUGUGUCACUCAGGAGGGCAGCCAGGAGGCGGCGUGCCAGGGGGAGCUGGGGGCUGCACAGGUAGAGGGACCGGUCUGGCUCACCUUCAGGGUCAUUGGCGUCCAGGGCAGGCAGGCCUGGCGGGAACAAGCAGGGAGGGGCAGGUGACCAAGCUGGCCUCAGCGAGUCCCUCCAGGGCUCAGGAGAGUCCCCUCGGGGACAGUGCGCUCCCCCACCCCACCCCCGCCCAUCCUGGAGCCGCAGGGGGCCCGCUCAGACCACCAUGGGGAGAGGGACUCACCCACUCCACCCCACGCCUUCUCCUCUUGCCGGGCAAUCUACAUUUCUAACCCCGGUGGGUUCUGGCCACCCUGUGGUCCCUGUCUGUGCUCGCUACAGAAGCCUGGAUUUUUCCCAGGACCCUGUCUGCCCACAGCCCGUGCCCUGCACAGCCAGCCCCAGGAUCCCGCCAUGCCCAGCCCCCACCCGCAGCUCUGGGUCUCCUUUCCCCUGGAAAGUGACUCACUGCUGCCAGCUUCCCUGCGCUUUAUCUAAAAAUGCAGCUUCGCCUUGGCACCCUGGAUGGAGUGCAUUGAGAGAAAGACCAGGAGGGGCCUGCGCUGCGGCCGGCACCCCGGGUUCUAGUCCUGGUUGGGGCGCUGGAUUCUGUCCCAGUUGCUCCUCUUCCAGGCCAGCUCUCUGCUGUGGCCUGGGAAGGCAGUGGAGGAUGGCCCAAGUGCUUGGGCCCUGCACCCGCAUGGGAGACCAGGAGGAAGCACCUGGCUCCUGGCUUCAGAUCGGCGCAGUGCGCCGGCAGUAGCAGCCAUCUGGGGGUAACCAAUGGAAGGAAGACCUUUCUCUCUGUCUUUCCCUCUAACUCUGCCUGUCAAAAAAAAAAAAAAAAAAAAAAAAAAAAAAAAGAAAAGGCCAGGAGGGACCGGGAUUAAACUCUGGCUGGGAGCUGGCGGCUGCCUUAGCUGUGGCCUGAACUCUAUUAGCAGGAGAUUAAUACUUUUUAAUUACAUUUAAAGCACAAACUUUGUGCCAGGCGCUGUUCCGAGGGCUUUUCAAAUAUUAACUCACUCAACCCUCACAAUGGCACUUGGAGUAGGUGCUGUGAUGGGCUUGUUUACAGCUGGGGAAACUGAGGCACGACUCUCACUGCAUAGUCACCAGGCUCCCAGCUACCUCUCGGAAGACCAUGGGGCUUCUCCUUGAUGUCCUCGAAGAGUGACAAGACCAUGAAAGACAGUGCUUGUCUAGUCAUGGCUGCCAGUGGCCCUGUCCCUGUGUGUUUGUUCAAACCACCAAGGCGCCACUUCUCUCCCUGGGGGAGAUGCCACCACCCAGCGGGGGUGGGGGUGGGGGUCCGGUGGAGGGGGAAAGGUCAUUUGGGGGCAGGCACUCACUCACCUGCCAGGAGCAGGAGCAGGCUCAGGGCCACCUCUUGCAUGUCGGAGCGCUGGCCCUAGAGGGGUCCAAGGGCCACGUGCAGCUUCAGCGGGGCCACCAGGAUGCUGGCCCCACGCCGCAGUCCCCAUCAAUCUCUUCCCCUGCCCCCGCCAGGACGUACAGCCCAGGGCACACACAGCAAGGUGACAUUCAGACUCGCUGGGCCGGGCGACAAGGAGCCCCGGUGCUGGGUGAGAACUGAGGCAGAGGGGAGCGGCUAUCCUGACCCCCCUGGACAUGAACCGGCUUUAGGUGGGUCACCCCAGCAGCCCAAUGCCAGAGGCCUUGCCAGCUGCUGUCCCCACCUGCCCUUCUGAGACUCUGGGAGGUUGAAAGUCAGUGCCCUGGGUCCCCCACUUGGCCAGGAAGCCAGAGGUAAACGAGGCCUGGCUCCCCAGUGUCAGGGCCUCGGGGUGCUUUGGGAAACAGGGUGCUGGGAGCCAGGUGGCAGGGGGCCCGGCUCGGGGAGUGUCCCACAGACAGCUUGGAGCCUGCCUUGCUCUGCCCAGGCUUUGUAAGCUUCCAGAUGGGGACUGAGCUGGCUCCCCAGGCUGCUCCCUUGGGGAGUGUGUGGGGAGGAGAGAGCUGGAGGCGGGGUGCAGGACUGGUGGCUCAGGCUCUGCCCGCCCUCCCCCAGCCCCAGCCAGCCCCAGGCCCUGCCAAGCCCCUCCCAGCAGCAAACAGCCCCGCCCUCCCCAGGCAGGCCUGUCCAGAAACAGUUCUCCGGGCCCCUUCCUGCCUCCCACCACCCUGGAAACCCCUCCCUAAGCCCCCUGGCACUUCCAUCCCCUGCCCACUCCCUGCCCCCUGCCCGACUGCCAUGAGCGUCUUAUGGCAGUGAACUUGGUGGCAAGAGCUGGCCCCGCUCACCUGUGCUGGACACUGCCCCCUGCCCUCGCUGCGCCUUCACUCAUCACUCGCCCGAGGCCACCCAUUCUGUCCCCAUCUCACUGGCGCCCAGUGGGACUUGGGCCCAGAGCGGGGCUGCCGGGGUCCACACCAACGGUGCAGGUGUUUCCCGCAUGUCCCCACGGACCACAUCCCCACAUCCACCCUCUGGCCUGGAGGUCACCGCUGACCCCAGGUGCUGGCCUCAUUUGAGUCCGAGCAUCCAUGUCCCGCAGGAAGCUUUGGGAAGCGUUCCCAAGGUGUUUAGGGCUCCAGAAAGCUUUGGGGAGAGCGGGAGUGAGCAGAUGGUUGGGACAGCCCAGGUCCGCAGCUCCCCUCCCCCAACCCCAGGCUUUGCUACCCCGUGAGGAUUCUAGUCCUGGUAGUGAGAGCUACUGAUUGCUGGGGCUCCCCCACGCUGGGCGGUGAGCUCAGCGCCUGACGCCUGUUCACUCGCCAUCUUCCAUUGCAGCCGAUGUCACAUGCGCCGCCACCUUGUGCCCCCUCGCUCUCACCCCUUAUGCCUCUUUCCACGGACUCUCCAGCCACCUGAGGCCCCAUGACAUCACCCAGCAUCCCCCUCCCAGGGCACUGAUGGACGGGACCAACUGUUGCCCAGCCUCUGCCCAAGUCUCCGACCGCCCAGCGGGUUGGCUGGAGGCUGCUGGGAGCUGAAUGGGCGCCCUCGCUGCCCGCUUCGGGCUGUGGGCUGCUGGAGAGGCCCCGGGCUGCUGACCACACUGUGGGCAGAUGUGGAGACGGAGGGCACGGCUGCAGCUGGCACGGAGGCCCCAGUGCCAAACAGAGGACAGCUUCCGCCCCCCACCCUCUGCCGUGCCCUGUCCUUCCACGUGGGUGGGGCCUGGGCGGUCUUCAGGGCCUGUGCCCUGGAGUCUCCUAACCAACCCCCGCUUCACAGCUUCCCCAAGCCGGACCCUAGGGGCCAGGACCCAGGGGGCCCCAAGUCUGAGGCACCCUGAGACCAUGCAGUGACCACUACUCCGUCACCCCAUACCCCAGUCCACCCAGACAGCCCUGGUCUCUUAGAUGCCUUCAUCUACUUGGGGACCCUCCCCACGCUGCCUCUGGCCUGUUCAGACAUCAGCCGUGUCUCCAGACACCCCAACCCCAAGAAGGGGCCCUCCCCUCCCCCCAGCUGGCCCAGCCCUCCUGGGAAAGAUGGGGGAGGUCGUGGGAGGGGAGGGAGGAGGAGGGGGCUUUCACAGCAGAGCUUCUGUGUGGCAGGGCGGUGGGGGUCACAGGCAGGGGGAGCCGGGGGGCUUUGGAGGAGGGGCCGGCCACUCACCUGUGGGCUCACCAGGCUGAGCGAGGUUUCGGGGGGAAGCAGGCACUGCCAGGCAGACUCCUGCCUUUAUCCACAGCUGCCACGCCCUAGGCAAACCUAGGCAGGUAGAGAACAAGUCCGGCUCCUUUGGCUCCGGGGGCUCCCCCACCCCAUUCCUGCUCUUAAAGAGACAGCUCUACCCCUCCCAGGGCCACCAGCAGUAAGGGAGCUCCCGGGGGUCCUGGAGACCACGGUGGCCUCAGGUGAGAUGGGGGGAGUGGGCUGGGCAGGAACUCAGUCCCUCUAGGGGAUAAGGCCUUCUCCAGCCUUGGAAGGAGCUCGGAGCUCAGAGCAGGACCGUAUGGGGGAAGGUUCUGGGGUCUUCCUGGUCAGGCAAGGAAUAAGGUGCCGUGGUGAGGACCUAGGGUAGGGCCAGCUGGCCUGGGGUCAUGGGUUUGACGUUCAGCAGAGGCCUUGGGGGGUGUGGGAACGGGCACGGGGGGCCUCUGGGGUACAGAGCUGAGGGGGAUGUGCAACCUUAGAUCCAGCCACACCCCCACUGUGCAUGGGCCCCAGGAGCCCUCCCCCCCGAAUUUCCUAGGGAGCCAGAUGCCUACAUUUCUGGAGUGGACCCUGGGCUGGAGGUGGGGUGCGUCCUCCAUAUCAGGCCCCCGCCUGUCCCCCUCCCUUCCUCUCCUCCUCCUCUCUGGCAUUCCUUCCGGCUGGGGUCUGUGCAGGCCCCCACAUGUCCCAGUUGGGGGUACCCCUCCCCCCAAUUCCGCUGUCUUACACAGAGGGACUUUUGUCUGGGGGCUGGAUGGAGAACAAGGCGCCUUUGAGUGGCUGGCGGAGGAUUGGGGUCACGGGGAGGGGCAGGGCCAGGGAAGGGGUGGCUCUGCUCUGGCCACCAGCUGGACUCCGGGCGACCCCCAACACCACUGUGGGGGUGGGGAGGAGGCCAGGCCAGGCCAGGGAGAGGGCGCUGCUGGGAGUGUGGAGUGCACAUGGGUGUUGGGGACUGGCCGGCUGGGGCAGAGAGAAGAAAGGCUGACUGGCUUCCUAUUACAUAGCACCCUUGGCCUCCUCCCACCUGUACUGAGGUGGGGUCAGGCCCCGCGGGCACCCAGAGUGGAGCUCAAAGCAGGAGGCCUGGGGGAUAUAAACAGCAGAGGAGGCUGGAGGCAGGGAGACAGUCCCAGUCCAGCCCACUGGGCUUUGUGUCUGGGCACAGCUUGUGUUUCCCAGAGGUUUCAGGACUAUCACCCCCACCAAAGACCCGUGGGUGGUCUUGGGCGUGGAGUGGUGUCUCCCUCUGCUGGGAAGUCUUGGACCUGCAGGCACCCCAGGCGGAUGUGGCCCUGUGGGCAGUGUGUCUUGGAGUGCGGAUGCCGGUCUUUGUUCAGUGCAAAGUCUGCGAGGUCAGGGGCCAGAGGGGUCAAGCAAGAGUUGUGGAUGCAUGAGCAGGACAGGUGGGAGACCGUAAGAGGUGGCGGCAACUGGACAAACCAAAGAACUACGGUCCCGUCCCCAGGAGAGGCUCGAGCCUGCGGAUAGAUAGACAGACACCUCGCUAAGGUGAGGAAACGCAGAGUGUGCCACCAUUUGUGUGAUGGUGACGACAGUGUCUGCACGAAUGCUCGCGUAUGAGCCACGUGUCCUUGGAGCUUGGCAUCUGUGGCUACCUCUGGCCAGGGGACCUGGGAGGCAGAGGAGGGGGUAGAAGUGAGAUUCAGUCACCUUUGACCUUGGUACAUUUUGAUUUUUAUAUUCUGAAAAUGCACUAUCUUUUUAUUUUUAAAAAACGAUUCUCCUUCUGCUUUCAUCUACAGAGAAAGAAAGAGAUUUUCCAUCCACUGCUUCACUCCCCAAAUGCCCUCAAAGCCAGGGCUGCGCCAGGCUGAGGCCAGGAGCCCAGAACUCCACCCACGUGGGUGGCAGUGUAGUAAGCACCUGAGCCGGCAUCAUUGCAAAGGGGCCUGAACAGAGAGAUGGGGCUGGGGCCCAGGCACUCCGAGCAGCAGCUGCAACGCUUGCCCCAUACUGCCUUUCAAAAAGACCUUAAGGGGCCGGUGCUGUGUAGGUUAAGACGCCACCUGCAGUGCCAGCAUCCCAUAUGGACACCGGUUCCAGUCCCGGCUGCUCCACUUCCAGUCCAGCUCUCUGCUAUGGCCUGGGAAAGCAGUAGAAGAUGGCCCAGGUCCUUGGGCCCCUGCACCUGCAUGGGAGACCCGGAAGAAACUCCUGGCUCCUGGCUUCGGAUUGGCUCAGCUCCUGCCAUUGUAGCCUUCUGGGGAGUGAACCAGUGGAUGGAAGACUACUAUCUCUCUCUCUGCCUCUCCUCUCUCUGUAUAACUCUGACUUUCAAAUAAAAUAAAUAAAUCUUAAAAAAAAAAAAAAAGCACACCCAGGGGCUGCCUUCAGCUGGGGGAGGGGAGGGCUGUCAGAGACUUCCGCAGCGGCUUUUCUGAAUCUGGAAUCACCAGGAUCUUCCGUUCUUGCGCAUGGGCAUCUGCGGGGCUUCCUCAACCCGGAGAUCCUCCCAGGCUGGCUGUCACUGUACUGCAUUCAAGUGUGUGCUGGGCUGGGCUGGGCUGGGCUGGGCCCGGGGUGGACAGGCCUGCAGAGGCUGGCUAGGGCCUGCGGGGGGCGGACUGUGUGCACACUCCUGGGGGCUGGCAGUGAGUCUUGUGCGCUGCUUUGACUUUGGUCACCUUUAAAAUGCAUACAUGUCCAUGUUUAAAACGUAUACAAGGGCCGGCGCCAUGGCUCACUAGGCUAAUCCUCCGCCUUGCGGCGCUGGCACCCCGGGUUCUAGUCCCGGUCGGGGCGCCGGAUUCUGUCCCGGUUGCCCCUCUUCCAGGCCAGCUCUCUGCUGUGGCCAGGGAGUGCAGUGGAGGAUGGCCCAAGUGCUUGGGCCCUGCACCCCAUGGGAGACCAGGAGAAGCACCUGGCUCCUGGCUUUGGAUCGGCGCAGCACGCCGGCCACGGUGGCCAUUGGAGGGUGAACCAACAGAAGGAAGACCUUUCUCUCUGUCUCUCUCUCACUGUCUAACUCUGCCUGUCAAAAAAAUAUAUAUAUGCAAGGGGUCAUCAGCGUGUGGGAAGUGUGCCUGACAUUUAAAUUCCACUUCCCCCGGCAAGCUUUGUGGCACAGCGGGUGACGUCACCUGGAGCUCCGCGCUUGUCCCCAGCGCAAAAUGUCAAUCAGCCGAGACCUGAAAGAGGCACAGCGCUCUCAGGGUGUCCUGUGUCAGGUGGGGCCGACUCAGUCCCCAGCCCUGACACUCCUGCCCCUUUGACCUCAGCUACAGUGGAGACGACCCCAGUCGCCCUGACUGAGGAGCCAGCGGAUUCCACAGCGGCAGCGGCUUCCUCCCCGCCGGUUUCUGGGGUUCACGGGCCGCAGUGUUGUUCCGCUGGAGCCGACACAUCAGUCUGAGGCAGGCUCAGCGCUUUGCUUUGUGCAUCCCAACAGGGAACGCGACAGAAAGGCAUCUGAGGGGCGGUCACAGGCACUCCUCGGGCUGCCUGCGCCCCCUGUUGGAGUCCUGCCUCUGCCUCCAGUCCAGCUUGCCUGCUGGUGCGCACCCCAGGCCGCAGGUGACUCGGGUCCCUGCCACCCACGUGAGAGACCUGGAUGGAGCUCCUGACUCCUGGCUUCAGCCUGGCCCAGCGCAGCCCCCGUUGCAAGCACUGGGGGCUGAACCAGCAGAUGGAAGAUCGCUCUCUGUCUCUCCUUUUCAAGAAUAAACACAUGAACUUUUUUUUUUCAAAAUACAACAUUAAUGAAUGCCAUUUCCCACUAAUUUUUUGAGGUACCCUCAUCUACAUGAUACACAGUCAUACGUCACGUUCUGGUCUGCUCAUUAUGCAAACACCAUAGAGUGUGUCUUACACAAACUAAGACAGCUACGGUGUCACCAGCUCCCUGUUAAUGAUCUGGGAUAGCAGUAGAAGAUGGCCCAAGGCCGUGGGCCCCUGCACCUGUGUGGGAGACCCAGAGGAAGCUCCUGGCUCCUGGCUUCGGAUCGGCGCAGCUCCAGCAGUUUGGGGAGAGAACCAGCGGAUGGAAGACCUCUCUCUCUCUAUCUCUCCCUCUCUCUCUGUAACUCUGCCUUUCAAACAAAUAAAAAAAUCUUUUUAAAAAGA